CAGCAAACGCAUUCAGCCUUGCUUUCUCAGCCAGACUGGUUCACCUCAUCGAGUAAAGAUGAAGAAAAUGAAUGUUGACCAAAUCCUCUGUGUGUCAUUACUUAUACUGUUGCUCCCCGGGAAGAUUCGAAGUGAGAGCCAGGGUUUUAACGAUAAUGAGAAGCUUGUCUUUCCACCAUCCUACAAUAUCGGAUGGAUGAAUGCGCUGGCUGGUGAGACUCUCCUGUCUGAAAUCACUAUUCCUGGAACACAUGACACCAUGGCACGUUUUGGAGGACCUGCAGCUGAGUGCCAGGCCUGGACCCUGGAGGACCAACUAAAGGCAGGUAUCCGCUAUCUGGACCUCCGAGUGUACGCUUUCGAAAACACGCUAUACCUUAUGCAUGGGAUCAUUUACGAGCACUCGACUUUCACCAAGGCUCUCGAUACGCUCAAGGCGUUCCUCAAAGAGUUCCCAAGCGAGACGGUUCUUGUCCGAGUCAAGCCCGAUCUGUUUGAUAAGAGUAAAGUACAGGGCAUGGUUGAAGCGCUCAUCAGGGGGGAUUUGAAUGUCUGGGUGAUGUCUGCCAUACCACAGCUUGAUCAGGUGAGGGGCAAGAUUGUGUUCGUACAGGAAAGCAGCUUUUUGCUUGGCGUGCCUCUGUUGGAAACUGACACAAAAGGCGACUACAGGGUCACUCACAUUAAUGACAAAGAGAAAGAAAUCCUUCAGCACCUCAAUCAAGCCAUGAAUGAGUGCGGAGGAAAUUCUGUCAUCCUUACUUAUUCCAGUGGCACGGGCAUCGGCACGUUCGAGGGUAUGUUCCUAACACCGAAAAGGGUGGCAGAAAAGAUCGACCCUUGGCUGUAUGAUUAUCUGCAAAUGCUGCAAGCUGAGGGGUCUCAAUCAUGUUUCGGGAUCAUAGCCAUGGACUUUCCAAGCUUUGACCUCAUACAAGCGGUCAUCAAGUUUAAUAACCCACUUUUCAGGUUUGCUUAAAAUUCUAAUCAAAAUUAAUGUGUUAAUGGAUUGCAAAUUUACACAAAGAGCCACCAUUAUCCCUUGAUCUUUGCAAUGGCUAUUGAAGAAUUUUGUUACAUGCAAUUUACAUGUUAACACCAGUCUCUAAAAUAAGCCUGUUAGUCAUUUCUUUUCUCUGUGGCACCUACCGGAGCCUGUUAUUUUCAACCUGUUUAGCUAUGAUUGAAACUGUGAUUGUAUUGCAUUCUGAAAAAUAAUAGCAAUAAAAUUAAUUUUGCUGCUG